CUUUUGUUUUGACAUUCUUAAAAAAAAAUUCCAACAAUUCAUUUAAUUUAUUUGUAAGUCCAAAGUUCUUGUUACUACUUUUGCAAUAAUUCCCCCAAUUCAUUCAGUUAAAAAUGGCAAAACGUUUAAGCAAAUUAGAUCCAAAGAAAACUUUAUUCCUUCUUUGUGAUAUACAAGAUAAAUUUCGACCUGGAAUGGCUCUAUUCGAUAACAUGAUAAUAAAUGCAAAGAAAUUGGUCAAUGCCGGAAAAGUCCUAGAAGUUCCACUUAUCGCCACCGAACAUUAUCCCGAAAAAUUGGGCAAAACUGCACAAGAAUUGGACGUUGGACAUGCAGCUGGAAUUAUUUCAAAAACCAAAUUCAGCAUGAUGGUACCUCAAUUAGAGGCCAAAAUUAAAGAACUAUUUCCAAAUGAAAAGCCCAAAGAUGUUGUUCUUUUUGGAUUGGAGUCUCACGUUUGCAUUGAACAAACGGCAAUCGAUUUGAUAGAAAACGAUUACAAAGUCAAUCUUGUCGCUGAUUGUUGUUGUUCUCGUCUUAACCAAGACCGAGAUUUAGCUUUGGAUCGUUUAAAAGAAUUGGGAUGCAUUAUUACAACGAGCGAAAGUGUUAUUUUUAAUUUAAUGCAAGACAAGAAUCAUCCUAAAUUUAAUAUAGUUCGCAAGUUUAUUGCUGAACCUUCUGCUGACAUGCAACUUUCGAGAGCUGGUUCAGCAAAGUUGUAGAAAGAAAUUCAGGAUACAAACGCAUUUUAUUUGCGUUAAAUUGCAUUUUUAAAAAUUGUUGACUGUUUUAUUGGUGUAAAGUUAAAUGAAAAUAAAUUUGGUUUAAUGAAAGAAA